AUGACUAAUAGUAAUAAGUUAAAGAUAAUCUAUGCAACUCAAAGUGGAAGUGCACAAGAGGUAGCAGAGAGAUUGUCAAGAGAGAUUUACAAUCAAAUUGGUCUGGCCAACUCGGUUGUUGAUAUCGAAAAUUAUGAUUUCAAGAGUUUGUUGCCCAAUGAGAAAUCGGUAGUGUUUGUUGUGUCUACACAGGGUCAUGGUGAUGUACCUGAUACGAUGAAGACGUUCUGGAGUUUCUUGUUAAUAAGAAGUUUGCCUUCGAACGCACUCGCUGGCUUGAAGUUUGCAGUACUCGGACUUGGUGAUUCAUCGUACACCACCUUCAAUUUCGCAUCAAAGAAACUCAACCAAAGACUAUUGUCACUGGGUGCACACCAACUUGUUCGCAGAGGUGAUGCCGAUGACCAACACGAUCUCGGUAUCGACUACGAAGUCGAAAAAUGGACAAAAGAAAUCAUCGAUCAACUAACAACAAUCUAUCCAAUAGAUCCAUCAUUUACACCAAUAGAUAGAUUGAAAUUACAACCAUCUAAAUAUAUUAUUAAAUAUAAUGAUGAUGGUGGUGAUAUUACAACAACAAAUAACAAUCAACAACAACAACAACAACAAUAUAAAUCAACAAUAUUAAUAAAGAAUAAAAGAAUAACUAAUAAUGAGUGGACACAAGAUGUUAGACAUUUAGAAAUUGAUAUACAUAAUACAGAUUUAAAAUAUAAUUCAGGAGAUGUUGCUUAUAUACUACCUAAGAACUCAGCAUCACUUGUUGAUGAACUUAUUAAUUAUUUAGAAUUAGAUCAGGAUCUGUUGAUUUAUGAUAUACAACCAAGAAAUAGCGAUACAACACAAAAACCUUUGAAUAUUAGAUAUCCUGUUAGUGUGCGAGAGUUGUUAACUUGUUAUUUCGAUAUUUCAGGAUCACCGAAACGAUACUUUUUCGAAUUAUUACAGUUCUUUGUUACAGAGGAAAGUCACAAGGAGAGAUUACAAUAUUUCUCUUCAUCUGAAGGUCAAGAUGAUCUAAGAAUAUAUAAUCAAAAAGAAUUAAGAAACUAUAUCGAUGUUAUUAAGGAGUUCAAGUGUGGAGCGAUACCACUCGACUAUCUAUUUGACUUGAUAUCACCAAUUAAAGCAAGACCUUUUUCAAUAUCAUCAUCACCUCUUGUACAUCCCAAUUGUGUUCAUGUUACGGUUGGUCUCGUCAAGUAUACCACUCCACUUAGAAAGCUGACGAGAAUGGGUUUGUGCUCGCGUUGGUUCCAAACCAUGGAGUGUGGUACUGAGAUUCUAAUGUAUAUUAAAGCGAGUGGUGCUAAACCGCCAAGUUCUCUUGCCACUCCUCUGAUUAUGGUUGGUCCAGGUACUGGUUGUGCCAUCUUCAGAUCAUUCAUACAGGAGAGAGAUUUUAAACUAUCACAACUACAAGCAGAGCAACAACAAGCAAAACGACAAUCAAAAAUUGGUGAUUCACUCUUUUAUUUUGGCAAUAGAUAUUCAGAGAUGGAUUAUUUGUAUCAGGAGGAGUUCGAGCAUUACAGAGAUGUAGGUCAUCUUACAAAGCUGUCAGUUUGCUUCUCACGAGAACAACAAGAUAGGAAACACUACGUACAGGAUUUGAUGAAGUUGGAUUCACAAUUGAUUUGGAGACUACUCGAGGAUGGCGCAUGCUUUUAUAUAUCGGGUUCGUCUGGUCGAAUGCCUAAAGAUGUAAGACAACAGUUGCUGACAAUCAUCAAAGAGGGAAUGGUUUCGUCCGGAUUCUACACGUCGAAUGAGAGUGGCGGCGACACCAAAGACUUGGAUCAAUUAGCAAACGAUUAUUUGGUUAAAUUAGAAAAAGAUAAACGUUAUACAACUGAAACAUGGUAG